UUGCGAGGCGAUCGCGUCGCCAACCUCUCGUAUAAAAAGAUGGUGUCCAGUCGGGGAGCCGACAGUCUUACUUUACUGUCCGGGCCGAAAACUGUAGGACUGACAGUCUGAGAGUACGAAAUCGAAUUUUCUCUCACUUCGCGUAACAGUGCCCCGACGACAUGAGGAACUUCUUCAAGUGCUUAGUGCCCGUGGUGGUGCUCCUGGCUCUUUUGAACCUCACCUCGGCCCGACCUGGUCUUCUUGGCCACAUCCUUGAGCACAAUCACCACGAGGGAUCGACUUUGCUGGAUCCUCUCGGGCUCUUCCACCGACCCCAAAGUGGCGCCGAAGCUUCGGCGAACAGCAAGGCCACCUCCCUCACUGGCAAUCUCAACCUUGGUCUCAUCGGCGUCUCGGGCAGCAUCAACAGAGCCGAGGCCAAUUCCCAUGCCAAUGCCUAUGGCAGUGGUUCUGGUCACGGUGGCGCCGGCGCCAAUGCCAACGCCGCUGCCAGUGCCAAUGCCAAUGCCAAUGUCAAUAGCAAUGUCGCUCCUCACGGUUUUGGUGGACCGAACGCUAACGGCUACAGCGGUGCCAACGCCAACGCCAACGCUAACGCCGCUGCCAGUGCCGGUGCCAACACCGGCGCCAACUCCUACGGAGGAUCGACCGGUUACAACGGAGCCAAUGGAUUCGGUGGACCCAAUGGAUACGGGCAUGACAAUGGCUACGGCGCUGGUAAUGGUUACGGUGUAGGCAACUCCGCCGCCAACGCCGCUGCCAACGCCGCCGCCAAUGCAAACGCCAACGGUGGAGUGGGCGGAUACGGUGGUAGCAACGGUUACGAUCAAGGCAACACCUGGACCAAUCCCGGCCCUUACGUCAACCAACUUGGCGGCCACGGUGAUGCCAACAAUUUCGGCAACGUGAACGGAUACGGUGGUGGCAACGCCUUUGCCAACCCCGGCGCCAACCAUUACGGAGGCCACAACGGCAACGGUUACGGUGCUGCCAACGCCAACGCCAACGCCAACGCCAACGCCAACGCCAACGCCAAUGCCAAUGUUGCGACCAACGCCAACGGGAACGGAUAUGGACCAAAUUUCGGAGGUGUUUCCUUUCAACAACCAAGUGAAAAGGUACCAGUCGGUCUUUUACCACGUCCGAAACACCAUAAGCACCACCACAACGGUCUUCCACCUCAUGUGUUUGCCGAUGACGAAAUGUAUGGUCCUCCUCCUCCGCGACGUCCUCCCCCACAUGGUCAUUAUAGACGCGGUCCUCCUCGUCCCCGUCAUCACGGUCUCCCUCCUCGUCAUCAUGGCCCAGUACACGGCCCACCACCUCCAGAUCACAUGCCUCCACCUCCCGAUCAUCACAUGUACGGCCCUCCGCCACCCCCUAAUCCAAUAUACGAUUCACUUCCGGAAAGAGACCUAGUCCCAUUUCCAUCUCCAGGAAGACCAGCUCCACUUUCACCGACAUACAAAACAGAUGUAGCGAUCGCCGACACAAACAAGAAAAUACCGAGUAGAGAUGACGAGUGCGCGUACAAUUGCGAGUACAGACCUCAACCUCAACCCGUCGUUCAACUUCAAUCACCUUACAAUAACAACCCCUUCUUAUCUGGCAGUGGCAUUUCCAAUGCAAACGCUAAUGCCGCUGCGAGUGCCAACGCCAAUUCUGUAACAUCUGAUACAACUGCCAACUUACUUCCACCAAUCAAUGUAUAUGGACCAACGAGCCCGCAGCAGCCAAUUCAACAUCUGGGGCAUCAUACUCAGGUGCCAGGAAUUGCCGACGGAUCUUUCGGUCUUAGCUCGCAAGCGAACGCUAAUGCCAAUGCAAAUGCCGCCUCCCAAGCUGAUUAUCUCGGUCAGGGUGGAUACGGAGCUUUGACCGAUGAUACUAACGAUUCUAGCGGCUUAAUAAUAGUUGGCGGGCCACAACAAAACACUGGAUUAGGUGGAUCGGCUUCGUCGAACGCAAAUGCUGCUGUUGAAGCAUCAGCCAGUGCCGACGCUAAGGCUGUCGCUAACAUUGCUAAUACAAACGCCCAAGCCAAUAUCAAUUCCGGUCUAUAUCCUUUACCCAACUAUGGAGGUCCCGGCCAACUGGGCAAUGCUGCCUCGAAUGCCAAUGCCAAAGCAAGUGCGAGCGCUAAUGCCCAGAGCAAUGCGCUUUCGAGCACCACCGCCGACGCCCACGCCGACGCCCACGCCGACGCCCACGCCGACGCCCACGCCAACGCCGUCUCCAAAAGCUUUGGGGGUGCGUCGGCCUCAGCCUCGGCGACGGCCUCGGCAUCAGCCACGGCUUCCUCGGGGCUACCCACCUUCGGCGGUCUCAAUUUUGGCUUAAAAAGCGCCGCGGACGUCUCGGCGUUCGCCAGAUCAAACACCCAGGACGGGCUAAUCUUCAGUAACUGA